GACCAAUCCGCUUGUUCACGUUGGAUUUAGAAAGUGGCUUAGAUUGUGAGAGUUUUUAUUUUUAACCGGGUAUUUUGGGGGCAGCUCGGCGCUUUGUGUGAAGGUUUGUUAAGUUAGCUUCAGUAAAAAGCUGAGAUCCGUCAGAAGCAGCCGGACUGGUUUAUAGUCGGCCUUAAAUCAAUCCGCCAUGGGUUUGUUUUAAACGGCUCCCUGUGGAUCGAAGCUCGCGCGCUCUGCGACUCGCUUUUCUGUUUUCAAGGUUUUGCUUCAUGAAGUUUCUGCCCACGUGAGGACAGCAGAGAUGGCUCUGGAGCAGCUCAGUGAUGUGGUCCAGAGAUGUGAGGCGCUCCCAGAUGACAGCUACACCUCAGAGGAUCAUGACGUGUUCACCAUCGCCGGGCGGACCUGCAUCGAGGAGGGCAACAGCCCGCAGGUCCUCAGCAUCGUCCUGGAUGAAAGGAACCAGAACGUAGUGAGGAGCAUGGGCUGGAAUCUGCUGCCGCCGCUGAUCCAGGUGCUGCUGAAGAAAGAGGAGCAGCACCUCCCUCAGUGCAUGGCCAUCUUUAACCAUCUGCUGGAGACCUGCACACCCAAAGAGUUGCUGAUCGGCAUUUUGGAGCAGCUGGAAGACGACGAUCCUGACGGAAUCGCGGAGCGUCUCCAUCUGCUUCUGAACCCUUUGCAGAAAGUGCUGCUGCGGCUGGGCAGCCGGAAGGCGUCCUCCCUGGGGAUGACCCUGUCCUCGCUGCUGGACCAGCUGGCCAAGCUGCCCGUCCCCAACACCAAGGAGCAGGAAGAGGACGACGUCUUCUCGCUUUGCCGCUGCUGCACCCACCUGAUAGAGUUCGUCAGGCCCUUCGUCGUGGAGGCGAGGCUGAAUCCGAGCGGUGCGACCCGAUCGGAGGAUGAGCUGCGGACAGAACUACUGAAAUUCUGCAUGAAGACUCUGAGCCAGCCUCUGUUGGACGUACAGAUCAGGGACGUGGAGACGCUGCCUCGGUCUCCUCUCAGGACCUUUGCCGUAAAAGUUCUGGACAUUCUGGGCGCCGUUGGAGAGUCCCUCCCUGGUCUGGUGUUCCACCCUCUGCUGAAGAAGAAGGAGGUUCCAGGCUUCCUGGAGGAGGAGGUCCGUUAUCCCAAAACGUCUCUGGCCAGCUUGGCCCACCUGCUGUUUGUCCAUCACCUGGCUGCUGAUACAUUCCCCAGCGUCUUCAGCCCUGUGUUCUGUCUACGCUGCAACAUGGAGCACAUUUCCAUUCUUCUGUCUCGAACUGAGGACGCCAGGCUACAGAAAGGAUUGGAGCUGUAUGAGAAGAGUCUGGUGCGGGUGGAGACUGGCAGUCUGCCGGCGGAUCUGCUGGAGAUCAAAACCUUCCUAACCGUCCCUUUGGACUUGGUAAAAGUCAUGACGAUGUGCCCUCAGCAUGAUCUGAGGACUAAAGGACUGAAGGUGUUCCAGCUCAGCAUCGAUAAGUUCAGCACUGAAGCCAAGUACAGAUUUUUCGAAUACUUGCUCAGGACCAGUAAUCACUCUGGAGUAGAGGGCUACACCAUUAAAAACAUCCGGAGUCAGAUAGACGCCGCUCUGCAGCCAGGAAACGCCAACGUCUGGUUUGAAGGAAGUCACCUGCUGCCUCUGCUCCGUAAGGUGUUCAAGCUUCCAGACGGCCCAGAGACGGACCUGCUGCAGUACAUGGACAGAAUCAUGGAGUCUCUGAACCUCCUGCGCUACUUGGUCAUCAGAGACAAAGUUACAGAGAACCAGACGGGCAUCUGGACAGAACUGUAUAAAAUAGAAGACGGGUUCAUGAAGCCUUUGCGCGUUGGGCUGAACAUGUCGAGGGCUCAUUAUGAGCGGGAGCUGCACAACACCAUGGAGAACAAAAAGAAGAAAACUAAAGAGGAGGCGGUGCUGUCUGUAUCAGUCGGGGGGGAGAAGCUGCCUAAAAUGACAACAGACUCUCAGAUUCAGGCUCUGCACUCGGCGCUCCACACGUUCGACAUGAUGGAGAGCGUGUUGGUGCGGAUAGAGGAGCUGAUCGAGGUGAAGGACGGCGAGGAAGCUGCAGCGGAGCCUCAUUAAUCUCAGGGCCUGACGGACAGCGAAUGCAUCGUUUCAGAUCUUUGCUUCUUCUCUCCAUUUCUGAUUUGUGAUAUUCAGUAAAGAUUUUCUACAAUUAAAUCUCCAUUUUUAAGUUAUUUAGAAAAAUAAAUGAAUAUUCCUG